AAGAAGAUUGAGAAACUGUGGAACAAGAAAAGGCAGAAUAGGUAAUUGCCUGUGAACUUGACCCACGGCUAGUAGCUGAACUUCACAAAAGAGUUCAGGGCACACCUCUAGCUAGCAAACUUCAAGUAAUGGUGGGUGAUGUGCUGAAAACGGAUUUGCCAUUCUUUGAUGCUUGUGUGGCAAACUUGCCUUAUCAGAUCUCAUCUCCUUUUGUCUUCAAGCUGCUGCUGCACCGACCUUUUUUCAGAUGUGCUAUACUUAUGUUUCAAAGAGAAUUUGCUCUCCGACUGGUUGCAAAACCUGGGGAUAAAUUAUACUGCAGACUCUCAAUUAAUACACAGCUGUUGGCACGUGUGGACCAUCUAAUGAAAGUUGGAAAGAAUAACUUCAGACCACCACCCAAGGUGGAAUCCAGUGUCGUAAGGAUAGAACCUAAGAAUCCACCACCACCUAUCAAUUUUCAGGAAUGGGAUGGCCUAGUAAGGAUCACCUUUGUUAGGAAAAACAAGACAUUAUCUGCUGCAUUUAAGUCAAGUGCAGUACAACAGCUAUUGGAAAAAAACUACAGAAUUCACUGUUCAGUCCAUAAUACUAUAAUACCAGAAGAUUUCAGCAUAGCAGAUAAAAUACAGCAAAUCCUAACCAGCACAGGUUUUAGUGACACACGGGCCCGUUCCAUGGACAUAGAUGACUUUAUCAGAUUGCUACAUGGAUUCAAUGCAGAAGGUAUCCAUUUUUCUUAGGUAUCUGGAAAAGAAUUUUCAAACUCAAGAAAAGAAUUACAUUCUUAAUAAUUUGAGAAGAUGAAUUAUGUAUGCUUGGACACUUUGUGCUUGACUAUUUUUGAUUUAGUAUUACUAAUGCUGUCACCAUUUAUUACUUUGAAUUUUUAAGGUAGUAAGUCUAAGUAUCCAAGGUUUUUUUGGUUUUGAUUGUAAUAUAUAGCACAGGGCAGGGUCCAAUUUAUACCUGAUAAUCUUCAAGUUUAAGAGCCGCAGACACGCACAACUUUACACUUAAAAGUUAUCACUUCUAAGUUUAUUAUAUAGAGAUGUUAUAUUUUCUGUUAUAUAUCUGGGAGUACCUUUUUAUGCUUUUAACUCUUUAGGCCUUUGUCCUUCAAGUCAUAAAAACAGUUAAAAUAUAAGCAUAUUUAGUCACAUAUUCCGCAUGCCAUUUCUUGUUAUUUAUAUGUACAGUACAGCAGUUGUUUCUUAAAAUGUUAUUUUGCUUCUCUCAGUCUUUCUGUUUGUCCUGUACAGUUAUUAUCAUUGCCUACCCCUUUAGCUAUCCUGUAUUGUAACGGGCUACAUCAGGGUCUGGGUAAGCCUGAGUGUGCUACUGCCACCGUGUGGUUCAGGCAUAUUACUUCUGGGCAUGAUUCCUUACCUGUGAAAUGAGGAUGCUCAACUAGAAUGAUAUGAACUAUAAGAUUAUACAGUUUUCUCUUGGGGAGACAGUGAGAGUUAACAGAAUUUCAAAGGGUUUUGUAAGUCAUAGCUGGCUUAGAAGUUAAAAUCUCUGCCCUUCAAUUUCAAAACAAACAAAAAAUCCCAACCAGCCAUUAUGCCAUAAAUGCAGGUUCCCAGUAUUCAUAUGACUUCUAGAAUAUUAAAAUUUUCAGUACUUUUUCACAUAACUGAUGAAAAAGCUUAGUUUUAAGCUAUUUUUAAAAUGUUAGGUUGAGAAUUUCAAUAAUGUCGUAAACAAGUCUUAAUUAGCUACAAUGUUUAAGUCAUUAUCAAUAUACUAUUAUUAAUAUCCCUUAACAAAGAAUUAUAGUAGCUGAUUAUUUAUAUAAGGAAAUUAAUAAAAAUAUUUUCAGUGAUAGCUGGCUUUCUUUACACCUAACUUAAUAGAAGGAGGUUUCCAAAUUAUUUUAACAAAGGUACACUGAGUGAGCCUAGAAGGGAAGAUAAGUUGUUUGCCUAAACAGAUUUGUCUUUGAAAUCUGGCUGCAAAGUGGUAUCUUAGAUAACUAAAAUAAUGUAUAUUUUAGUUACUUAUUAAUAGGGAUAUCAGCUUUCAAGUCUGAUAAAGUAAAUAAUGUUUAACCCAGAUCCAAAAAAUUUAAGUUAUUCUUUAAAUAACAUCUGCAUCAAGCCACUUUUGUUACAUAAAUACUACAUAAACUGAAGAGUAGGAUUUUUUAAUCUCACAAAACUACUUACUUUGCAAAGUUCACUUGUACCAUCUCUAUCCUUAAAGGAAAUACUUAGUUUAAGAUUUAAGUCAGCUUUCCCUCUUAUUUCCCCAUCCCCCUCUAAACUACUCAGUUUUAAGUCCUUUUUGUAGCCUUCAGAUUUCCCUACCUGUAAAACGGAAGUCCUCGAUUAUACUACCAAGAUCUUUUCUGAUACCAAUUUUUAAUAUACUUCGAUUACUUAUCAGAAUGAAGCCAUUAUGGUAUCAGACAGCAUGUUUGAAUAUGAGGAGACCUUCCAGAGAUAGUACCCUUCUAAUUUAAAUAAUAAAUUAAGACUAAUCUGUUGUGCUUUAAAAUGAGCAAAUUCACGUAUCUUUAUUGCCCUUUGAAGGUCAGUUAGGCUCAGAAACUCCUUUUAAAACAGCCUCUGCAAAGUCAAUAGCAACAGUUCCCCAUUUUUCCUCUUCUCUUUGAAAUAAACACAAAUAGAACAUAUCUUACAGCUGCAAGAAAACCUGAGUCCCUUCCAAAACAAAGGUGAUUGGUAUUGAAGUAAAUUGUGUCUAAAACUCAUUCCAUAGAUUUCAUUUAUUAAUAAUAAGCACGUUGUGAAACCUACAUUUGUUCUAGAUUUCAAGUUUACAGAGGAGUUUUUCACCACGGUGUUAGGAUUUCCCACAACUACCUCGGAGUUCAUAAAUGAACAGUCAAGUAGGGAAUUUGGCUCAUGUGACUCUCUAUUCACAGCUUCCCUGUAGCCCAUAUGAGUGAGCUGGUAGUUCCCUAGUCAAUCAAAACAAGAUAUCCUUGGGAGAUUUUUUUUUGUUAAUGUACUCCUAUACACUAUCCAGGGAACUGAGGGAAAAAUCCUAGAGAGAGAGAUAAAUGUAACAAAAUAUUUACAUGUAAAGUGGCCAGUUUUCUUCCUUGGAAUAGCAAUCUGUAAAAAUAAGUGCCACCGUUUAAAAAGUAGCAUGCCCUAGACCAACUUGUUGGUGAGAAUUUUGUGAUUCUCACCAAAUAAUGGUGAAACAUCACACAUUAGGUAACAGGUGGAACUUGGGUUAGAUCUGCCUUUUAAGGCAAAGCCAACUCUUUUUUUUUUGUUUUUUAAGCUUAAAUUUGUUUUCAAGGGAGUUAUGUACUGUCUAUACUUGGCUUAAACUAACAGCUCUAUUAUGGACUACUUUCAAUGUACAUGUAAAUGUUCAUGCAUCAGAAGCCAAUUUCCUUUAACAGUACAUUUAAAGGGUACAUUUUGGGGUGCUAAUGGACACCUCAACUUAAGUAAUGGUACUGGUAAAGAUCAAAUUGCACUAUUAGUCUUGUUAAUACCACACUGGAACACACACUGCAUAUAUAUGUAUUAUCCUAAGAUAAAACUCUUCUCAGAAUUUCAUUACUUUUUAUUAUACACCAACUAGUUUAUAUUUUAGUUCUUUACAAAGAAAAUGCUAAGAAAAUUAUAACCACAUUAUAUGGUUUUAAAAUCAUAAUUCCAGAUUUCUUUACAUAUAAGAUGGAAUGGUCCAGCAGCUAUGUCCACUGUCACAGACUUUAGUUCCAUUCAAUGAUAUGGCACAUCCUGCAAAAUUAACUAGUCACACACAAAAAAAGUCUCAAUUACAGUAAAAAUGUACACACAGUAAAGGUAAUUUACAAUGACAAAAGGAAUGUAAUUUAUCUUGGCUGUGCUUCAGAAAUUUAGGGUCAAUAGCCUUAGUCAAGGCACAAAGCAGGAAGAGGUGAGCACAGCUGUCGCCAGGAGUGGGCAAGGUAUGUACAACCACUGAUGAGGUAUGCAUGCACGCAAAGGACUUAAAACUGCUCAGUCUUGCUACGAAAAUUCAACUGAGUUAAAAGGAAAUGCUGCGGCUUCCCCCUACUACUCACCUCUGGAUCAAGUCCACAAUCUUACUUCAUCAUAUAGAAAAUAAAAUUGGCAAGGAUCUCCAAAAGUAAAUCACUAUUAGGGGAAAUGAAACAAAAUGCUUCACUACUCCCAAAUCUUGGUUGUGCCUCCUGGUCUAGAAGCAUCUCGUAGACAAAGGAGUGUUUCACAAAACUGAAAUGUCAUUCAGGUGAAGGGACAAGACAUUUUCCACAGACACUUAAAAUUUCAAACUUUCAAAUGGCCCUGACAGCUGAACCAUUAUUGUAUGUUACAGUAGUGAGGGUCCUGGGGAUCCUUUAACAGCAAAUGCCGAUUUAAAGAGCACGGGGUCUCUUCGGGUUGAUUUGCUUGCUGGCCUGUUCUUCCUCUUGUAGAGCUGCACGAAAAGAUUUCACUUUAUCUUGGAAAAAGAAAAGAACAAGGGAAUAAGUACUGCAUUACACAACUGUAUAGGUCCUAUCAAGUCAACUCUCUUAUUUCUUAACAUUAACAGAAAUUUUCCUUUGUUCUUUGUUGCCCAGAAACUCACAAUACAAUGCUCAACUACAGCAACAGAUUAGUUACAGAUUCCUGGAAAUACUUGUUUUUUUCUGUAUCUUCUACAUAUUUCUGUUGUAUUUGGCACAUUUUACAGUGUUCAGCUUUAUUUGAAUUCCUUUUUGCAGUGUAAACACGCUAUAUUUGUGUGUAAAAUAUGUACAGCCAUGUCUGAAAGGAACACUAUGAAUCUACUAAACUAAAAUAGACAUUUCUUCUCUCAAUAUUAGGAGAUGUCUAUUCCCAGCUCCUAUUUUACCUUAAAAGAUUAUUUGAAUUUUUACGAAGAAAUGUUACUUUUUUCUUCUUACCAGGGAUUACAAAAGGGUAUGACAGUAAAGGGGGAUUAUAGAACAUACAUUUCUUGGUCUUAAAAUUGGGUCUUACCACCUAUCAUGUACAAAUUCAGUCACAUAAGAGUAAGAAAUAGGUAAGUAAAAACCGGCAAAGGCAAAUAACAGACAGCUGUGAUGAGAAAUCUUUUCUAUAACAGGGGUUCUCAACAGUGAUUUUUGCCCCCACCCCAUCUCUAGGGACAUGUGAUAAUGUCUACAGACAUGUUUGACUGUCAGUCACAAUUGGGGUGGUGCUACUGUCAUUUAGUCAGUAGAAAUCAAGGAUAUUGGUAAGUAUGGUACAAAACACAGGAGACAACACCCCCAAAUAGUUACCUAACUUAAAAUGUGUUAACAAUGCAAAGGUUACGGCUUUCAGAAGAAAAGAAAGCUAUGAAGUUGGAAUCUUAAUUUCUUUCCCCACUUUCUAAGUAUACAGAUGUUUAAAAAGUUGACUUUUCUGAAAUUUAGAAAGGAACUGAAAGACUUCUGGAUCUGAUACCUACUAAUAUAAAAUAAUUGCUCUCAAACUUCUUACAUUAAUACCAAAACCAUCUCUGGAAGGUUAAAAAAAAAUACUUCCUAAGAAAGGAUUGAAUAAUACGGUAUGUAGAAUCCUGCAAAAAUUAAGGAAAGGAAGUGAACUAAGAUGAAAGCUACAUAUUACAGAGAAAAAAAUAUUAGAAAGCAUUGUUAUCUGUCUUCUAAAUAAAACACAUAGAAAAAGCUGCUUGUGCAUUAUGGCAGAUUAGAAAAAUGAUCAAAACACUUUAAAUCAAGGCUUGAACAUGAAGAACAUUAAAAACACAAAUUUUAGAAACCCUACAUCUGCACAAACAAUUCUGAAUUGGCACAACGGUCACUGCUGACUCUAGGAUAUGAUUUUAAAUAACCAAGUUUAGAAAGAAUCUAGUUUAAAAAGUAAGCAGCCUGUUUGGUGCUAAAAACUAGCAAUUUCAAUCUGGUUUCAUGUUGCAUUGCAUGUACACACACAUAAAGAAGCCUACUUGCAUAUAAAUGAACACAGCCAAUUUGCCAAUGCCUAAGAAAUUAGCACACAUAAUAAAUGCUUAUCUGAAGCUGCACAUAGAUAAGCUAAUUUAAAAGCCAAGAAAACAGACAUGGCAUAUGGGUAAACUACAUGCUCCGUAUCAUAAGCAAAGUAGAAUCCUGAAACCUUCCCCUUGAUUUUUUUUAAAACAAGUGUUCAAAGGAAAAACAUGACACAAGAUGCACAGAAAGGAGGCUGUAAAAAGAUGACCCUAAAUAGAUCUAAUCCAAGGAAAUAAUUCUGAAAAGCAUUGGCCUACCAAACAAACUGAAUGUGUAUAUAAAAUUUACAAACUUGUAAAAAUAUAUUUCCCUUCUUUAAUUGUAAGGUGUCUUUAUUGUCCCCAAAGAC